UUGCCUGGACAAAGCCCACAGAUUCUGCUUCCUGUUUGUGAAACGUGAUUGUCCUAUACUGCAGCAGACUCGGGUCUGAGAGCUGUCAUGCCACUGAAUCAACUUCAUAGCUGGCUGAAUGCUGUGGUCUUUGGGCUCCUGCUUCUCCUCCUCCAUGUGCAGGGUCAGGACUCAUCAGAGGCCAGUCCCAUCAGAAACACAAACACUGGCCAGGUCCGUGGCAGCCUCAUCCAAGUGAAGGACACCAAAGUUGGUGUUCAUAGCUUCCUGGGAAUUCCCUUUGCCAAGCCACCCAUAGGACCACUGCGCUUUGCACCGCCUGAAGCCCCUGAACCAUGGAGUGGUGUGAGAGAUGGAACCUCAUAUCCAGCCAUGUGUCUGCAAGUUUUUGAUAUGAUGAAUAUAGAGGGUAGGGUGGAUAUGAAACAAAUCCUGCCUCCCAUCUCUAUGUCUGAGGACUGCCUGCAUCUCAACAUCUACACACCAGCUCAUGCCCAUGAGGGUUCUAACCUGCCUGUGAUGGUGUGGAUUCAUGGUGGUGGACUGGUUGUAGGCAUGGCUUCCAUGUAUGACGGAUCCACUCUAGCAGCUAUUGAGGAUGUGGUGGUUGUCAAUAUCCAGUACCGUCUGGGUGUACUGGGCUUCUUCAGCACUGGAGACCAGCAUGCCAGAGGCAACUGGGGCUACCUGGACCAAGUGGCUGCCCUACGCUGGGUCCAGCAGAACAUAGCCCACUUUGGAGGCAACCCUGACCAGGUCACUAUUUUUGGCGAGUCAGCAGGUGGCACAAGUGUGUCUUCACUUGUUGUUUCCCCAAUGUCCAAAGGACUCUUCCACAGAGCCAUUAUGCAGAGUGGAGUGGUCCUGCUACCUGACCUUAUCUCUGACACCCACAAGAUGGUCUACUCUACAGUGGCCAACAUGUCUGGAUGUGAGACCACAGACUCAGAGAACCUGGUGCGCUGUCUGAGAGGCAAGAGUGAAGCAGAGAUUCUGGCCAUUAAUAAGGUUUUCAAGACCAUUCCUGCCACCGUGGAUGGAGUGUUUUUUCCCAGGCAUCCCCAAGAGCUGUUGGCUUCUGUGGAUUUUCGCCCUGUCCCCAGCAUCAUAGGUUUCAACAAUGAUGAGUAUGGUUUCAUUGUCCCUAUGGCCUUGGGCUCCUCUCAGACAAUAAAGGAAAUAACGAGAGAGAACCUGCAGGCUGUUCUGAAGAAUACAGCAGCACAAAUGAUGCUGCCUCCUGAGUGUGGUGACCUGCUAAUGGAAGAGUACAUGGGGGACACAGAUGAUCCCCAUGCCCUCCAAAUACAGUUCACAGAGAUGAUGGGGGACUUCACGUUUGUGAUCCCUGCACUCCAAGUAGCACAUUUUCAGCGUUCCUAUGCCCCUGUCUACUUCUAUGAGUUCCAACAUCAACCCAGCUUCCUCAAGACUACCAGGCCACCCCAUGUGAAGGCUGACCAUGGUGAUGAAGUUCCAUUUGUCUUUGGGCCUUUCUUCUUUGGCAUUAAAAUUGACUUCACUGAGGAGGAGAAGCUACUGAGCAGGAGGAUGAUGAAGUACUGGGCCAACUUUGCAAGACAUGGGAACCCCAACAUUGAGGGUCUACCCUACUGGCCCAUGUUGGACCAUGAUGAGCAGUACCUGCAGCUGGACAUCAAGCCUACUGUGGGCCGAGCUCUGAAGGUCAGAAGGCUGCAGUUCUGGACCAAGACUCUGCCCCAGAAGAUCCUGGAGAUACAGGGGACUCAGGACAAUCACACAGAGCUUUAGCAUCCUGUGUGAGGAAUGGUAUGUGGGGUUUCCUGCUGAUGGGGUCAGCUUGAGGUUGCCAAUAAUAUUGAGAAACCUGGGUUGAUUCUAACAUUCACAUAGCCUCUGCACUUAUCUGUUCUACAUUUAUCACAAAUCCUGUGCAUGUGACUCUUUAUCCUGCUGGAUCAUCUUCUGUUAGACCCACUCAAUAAAUGCUCCAAUAACAGUGUGGA